AGCUAUUAAAAUAUUGAUAAGCAAUUAUUAUUACGUUGAGUUUUGAUUGAUCACUUGAUUAAUUGCAGUCAUUGGGUGAGUGGAAAUGAACGACCACAUUCAGAAAAUUCUCUUCACGGAGCAACAAAUAUCGCAAAGGAUUUCCGAACUUGCAUCCACAAUCACCGCCGAUUUCAAAGCCAGCGACGUUGCUCCGGCGGUUGUCGCUGUCGCCACCGGAGCUUUUCUCUUCGUGGCUGACCUUGUGCGGAAGAUUCAUCUCCCUAUCACCGUCGAUUUCAUCCGCGCCGAAUCGUACGGCUCCGGCACCGUCUCCAAUGGCCAGCCCGCCCUUUCAUUCGGCUUGAAACUCGAUGUUCGAGGGAAGCACGUUAUUCUGGUUGAGGAUAUUGUGGAUACGGGGAACACGUUGUCAUGUCUCAUCGAUUACAUGAAAACGAAGGGUGCCUCUUCCGUGUCUGUUUGCACUCUUCUUGAUAAACCAGCAAGGCGAAAGGUUCACUUUCAAGUUGUCGGUGAAGGGAAGUUUUACCGUGGCUUUGAGUGCCCAGAUGAGUUUGUUGUGGGCUAUGGACUCGACUUCGCCGAGCAGUACCGAAACUUACCAUAUGUUGGCGUCUUGAAGCCUGAGAUUUACAAGUGAGACAUCAUUUUCACUGUGAAGAAAUGCAGCAGUGUGUAAGCGCUUUCAGUCAAAUGCUUGAAGAAGCUUUGCAACAGUAGAUUGCUCGGAUAUCUUUCAGGAACUCGAUGCUGUAAAAAUAAGUCUCAAGUUUAAAUGUUUUUUUAGUACUCUUAUGAUUUUAUUGAUUCCAGCUAUUUUUAUUAAUUUGAUUGUCACGGUGCUGAUAAAUGAAGAUAUAGGAGUAUAUUUUGUAUGAAGAAUUAUUAUUAUAGAUAUAAAAUGCUAUUCCCUCCGUUCCAUAGUAA